UAACCUGCUCCAGCCAACCACAGUCCUGUCUGCAGUGUGUCAAUGACUUCAUCAGUAACAUCACGUGUGUGUUGAACAACACAUGCAUACCCCCAGACAUACCGUGCACUCUGCAUGGUGAAUACCCCGGGUUUAAAAGGCAAUGUGAGAUGAAGUCCUUGGCUGGUUUCAACACAACCUUGAGAGGCGGCAGUCUGGUCUUUGAGGGCAAUCCAUUCUUUUGGGAAGAGGAUGAAAUAUCCAUUGUUGUACGGUGUGGACAAGCAGAAGAUUAUGUGAUACAGAUUGAAUACCUGUAUCAACCAUUUAACCACAUUAAAAUGCAUCCCCCUGGCAAGCCGACCGUCAUCAAUGCCUCAAUCGCCUGGACACCAGGAGCUCCCAUUUCAGAAAUGAUAUUCAACUAUGACUUCCAACUACAGUGGAAACAGGAACUACAUCACUGGGAGGAUGCUGUGGAGGUGAACAUAUCAAAUAAACAGACAUAUUUUGACCUGGACCCUGAGAUGCUGGAGAGAGGAAGGAGGUACCAGGUCAGAGUCCGGGUUCGAGCCGACCCAGACGAUUACCCAGCCUGUCAGUGGAGCGACUGGAGCCCCAGUGCAUCAUGGGUCUCCACUCUGGGCCAGAUGAAGCCAACAGGUAGUCCUGAUGUUCUAGACCAGGACUUUGUGGUGGUCACCGUGGUGGGAGCUGUUGUUGUACUGGUCCUGCUGGUCUCCAUGUUGCUCUGCAAAGGAAAGGUCAAGAAGAUUCUGAAUCCUCCUAUACCAGAUCCCUCCAGGUACUUUGAGGGCCUCAACCUCCAUCACGAUGGAAACUUCAAGGCUUGGCUGGGUCCUUUGUUUGCCCUUGAAUCCAACAACUCUGCCUCGCACCGUGAAGACAUCUCCCAGGUAGAGAUCACCGACAGCCUGGACAACGUCACCCCCUUGAGGACGACACCACCACAAGAGAAGAGAUGGGACAACAGUGGCCACUCCUUCUGCUCCGGCUUCUCCAACUCCAGCUACUUCUUAUCUCAAUGCUCCCAGCCUGGAUCCACCUCCAUCAAGCUGGAACCCUGCUCUCUCCAGGCCGAACGUCGGGCCCUCAUAAGCCCAGAUUCAGGCAUCGGCAGUGGGGCAGAGGAUCAGGAAAGUCAGGAGAGCGUGGAGGAUGCGGCCCAACUCUUGGCCCCUCAGAGCCCAGAUUCAGGCAUUGGCAGUGGGGGAGAGGAUCAGGAGAGCCAGGAGAGCGUGGAGGAUGAGAAAUCCUGGUUGGAGGAAGCCAAGAUGGUAAUCUCCCAACCAGGAUUGAGAAAGUUACUAGAACAGGGGGGUCAAAAGUUUUAG